AGACAGACCCCAAUGCCUCUUCUUGCUACAGUUCCCGCAGAGUAAAAAACACAUUGGAACUAAAGGGGAGAGCUAUCCAUUUACAGCUGCUGCCAGACAUUCGAUCGUGUUCGCAUGGCGAGGGGGUAACCUGAUCGGCUGAAGGCUUGCCGAAACCAGGGAGGAGUGACUUACAAGGAAGGCUUGAAAAAUGUCUUCUUCUUCAGGAGAAGUCACAAUUUCAAAUAACAUCAAGAAGGAAAAUGUGAAGACGGACAGGCGAGAUUGCAUCAAGCUUCUAGCGCUGGAAAACGCGGAGUUGUCUAUGGAGCGCGCAACUUCGAACACUGAUGCGGUCCACAGUGAACUUCUGGUGAGCGCGGCUUCCUCGCUGGCAUUCUCCCCGGAGCAAGUGGCGUGUGUCUGCGAGGCUUUGCAGCAGGGAGGCAAUGUGGACCGGCUGGCCAGGUUUUUAUGGUCCUUACCACAGAGUGACCUGCUACGUGGCAACGAAAGCAUCCUGAAAGCCCAAGCUCUUGUCGCUUUUCAUCAAGCUCGGUACCAGGAGCUCUACAGUGUUUUGGAGAACCACAACUUCAGUCCAUUCAAUCACUCCUCGCUGCAAGACCUCUGGUAUAAGGCACGGUACACCGAGGCAGAGAAAGCGCGGGGGAGACCCCUGGGCGCCGUGGAUAAAUAUCGCCUGCGGAGAAAGUACCCACUACCCCGGACUAUCUGGGACGGGGAAGAGACAGUAUACUGCUUCAAAGAGAGGUCCCGCAACGCGCUGAAGGAUCUAUACAAGCAGAAUAGAUAUCCCUCUCCAGCCGAGAAAAGAAACCUCGCUAAAAUCACGGGACUCUCCUUGACGCAGGUCAGCAACUGGUUCAAAAACAGGAGACAGAGGGACAGAAACCCGUCCGAAGCACAAUCAAAAAGUGAAUCUGAUGGCAACCACAGCACAGAGGAUGAGUCUAGUAAAGGGCAGGGGGAGCUCUCUCCACGCCCCCUCUCCAAUUCAUCUGACGGGACGAUGACCCAUGGGGUCCUCCCCCUGCAGACAGGGUCUCUGGACAGUGGUGUAAUCAUCCAACAGAUUGGAGACAUCAAGAUACCCCCUGGAUCCAGCAGCGAGGUGCUCUUCAACGGAAACCUAGUGACAAGUAACCCCUCAACUGUCUUUCAUAACGGUGGCUCGUCUUACCUCCAGGCCCCCAGCAACAUCCUGUUCAAUGGGCUCAACAUGGGCAUCCAGCCCUUGGCCUUCAACUCCCUGCGGCCCUCUGGGGGGGUCUUGAUGGGGGGCUCUGGUGUGGACAUGCAGAUGCAGGCAGGCCAGGAGAAGGGGCUGGGCGGCUCCAGUGUGGACUACGCCUCUUAUUCUGGUUGUGUAAAUGGAGCAGAGGUGAAGCUGGAGGGGGUUUACAGCAUGGCAGCUCAAAACGGCGGCUCGUCUGUCCUCACGUUCAGCUCGUCUUCAGGGGCGCUCCAGCUGGGCGGUUACAGUCUGGUCCACGUGCCCAGCGGCGUAUCCAAUGGCGAAGGGACGUCACUGCUCAACAGCAACUUGGGUCUUCCUCCUCUGCAGCUCCCCUCUGACUCUUCAUCACUCUCACAAGGUACAAUCCAAAUGAACAAUGUAGCAGUCAGUUCUUCUAGUGAGGACUCCUACCACCAACAGCACCAUCAGGACAAGCUGGCCAUGGCCCCCAUGCACCCCAGCACGGUGCUCUACAGCAUGGACAACGCUGGACAGACCUCCAUCAAGAAGGAGCCCCAGGAGGGUGGUGGGGGUGGAGGGGUGUACUCCUACCACCAUGGCCUUCACCUGGACCCCAGUGGGCAGCUCCGCUACUCCUCAGACCCACUAACGUCAGAGGAGGUCCCCUCCAGCCGGGGCUCCUCCUCUGACGUAACCACCGUCAGCUCCUCCAGUCCAGAGCCUGAGGUCUACACCAGCCUCACCGUCAGCACCCCUCUGAUGGCCCAAACAGACCCUAACGGACACCAACUCCAGCCUGGGGAGUACCUCAGGGGCCACAACCCACAACCUGUCCCCACCUCACACCUUCUGGGCCCUGGCAUGAACAACAACUACAUGUCUGUGUCGGAGAGUAAGGUGGAUGCGAGGGGCGGUGGGGUGAAUGAGAUGGUGCGGGUCAUGUGUGGGGAAAUGGAGCCGGGGGAGGAGAAGGAGCUGGCCAAAUUACAGACAGUGCAGAUGGACGAGGACAUGGUUGACGUUUAACCUGUAACCUAUGACCUUUCAUAAGCAUUCAUAUCUGCCCAAGCAGUGAUGUGGUGAAUCUUUUUACUCUUUUUUUACCAUUAAUUUCCUCUAACUGUUAAAUUAUUUGCUAAUGUUGUGUUCAUUUUACCUUACAAUAAACUCUAUUCAGAUACAA